AUGCCUAUGACACAAGAAGUGGAGUACUGGACUGGCCCGAAGACUCAGAUUCUCGGGAAAUCGAUCGGCGCCGGACUUGAUAAUAUUAAUAAGUGCGCACGACUGCGCAGGAGCAAGGAGCGCAUAUACCCGCGCGCUGUAUGUGGUGCGAUUCAAGAAGUCCGCCGAAAUGCGCCUCCGGUUUCGGCCGUCGACUGGAAGCCCGCCGAUGAGAAAGAUUGCGGAGUUGCAGAUGCGAUCGCGGCGUUAACAAGGGAUAACAAUGGCGAGACAUUCCAGCUGUACAUUCCAACAUCGGCCAAUGGCGGGUUCCUUUGGAAUUCGUCCCCGAACGUCCAGGACGAUCAAUCGCGAAGGUGGGAGUGUGAAAAAAAGGGGGCGAAAGGAGCUAGAGGCUGUGGAAAAAAGCCUGCGCAGCUGCAUAUCAGAAAGGCUGAGGAGCUGGCGGACGGAGGCCGAUGCGGGGAUGCGGCGGCUGCUUGCCUCGCCAGAGAGAAAGGCGGGUGCAUGUCACGCACGACGGAUGUAGUCGAUCGACGUCAGUAUGGAGACGGGCCUGAUCGCGUGCCUCCGUGUUCCUAG